GAUGGCAUGUUAAAGGCGGCUGUCUGCAUCAUCAGUCCAGUGUGGCUCGUUGUGUUUGUUGGCCUGUCUGUCGUCCACCAACAGCAUCAACGCCAUGACCCGUCUGCUGCUCGGAGCUGUGCUGCUGGGGAACCUGGGUGUCUGUGUCACAGAGCAAGUUCCAGAGAAGCUCGCUCCACCCACCCAGGUGAAGUUUGACUCUGUGGACUACAAAAACAUCCUGCGCUGGACUCCGCCCACCAACAGCACAUCACUGCAGUACUACAUCCAGUGGAAGAUUUAUGGCGAGGCUCAGUGGUUGGACGUGGACGGCUGUCAGGGGAUCCAGAAGCACCAGUGUGACCUCAGCGCCGUGACCUCUGACCCCAGAGAGUGGUACUACGCCAGAGUGCACGCUUCCUCCUUGCCCUCCAGCAAAUCAGCCUGGGCCCUCUCCCCGAGAUUCAGCCCACGCUGGGACACCAAAAUCAGCCCUCCUGUACUGAAGCUGAACGUCACUGAGCAAGGGAUUGUGGUCCGUGUGAAGCCCCCCAGAGUGCUCGUCCGGAAGAUGCACAGCAGUCUGCAGUACAAGAUCUACCUCAUACACACCAGUGGAGAGGAGGAGGUGUUUGAGAUGGACUGCUGUUCUAACAAGGUGACUUUGAAUGAGCUGAAGCACAAGGGCAAAUACUGCCUCCAAGCCCAGACCAUGAUCCCCCUCCAGGCCAAGACUAGCGCUCGUGGCUCUGUGAAAUGUGUCACUAUGCUCUGAUCACACAGACAAACUCUACCAACGUGAUACACUGAAUGACUGGACUUGUCAUCCAUCAGUUCAGCUUUAAUUAUCCAUUGCUACCUCAACGGCCGCAGCCAUAAACAUCUGUGCCAAUCAAAGUGAUGCACUUUAUUAUUAAAGGAUCUGACAUGUGGCUUGAACUAAUAAUAAUAAUAAUAAUAAUAAUAAUAAUAAUAAUAAUAAUAAGACAUUUUAUUUAAUGCCGCCUUUCAUGGCACUCAAGGUCAUCUUACAUCAUAUAAGAUCAGUAACAAAACAUACAAUAAACAACAAAGCGCCAGUACUAAAACAUCUGUAAGAUAUGCAAUAAGACUCGAUGAUGAAGAAUGAUUUCAGCCUCCGGGACGCUGUAACGGCAUUGUUCCAUUCAGAAGAACAUAAAAAAUAAAACAUUUAAAAAACAUUUUGUUCAUGAAAAUUCAUUGGAAAUGACAAAAUAAUCUAUUCCACUUACUAACUUUUUGUCCUCAGUGAGUCACUGGGUAAACUCCAUCCGCCGAUGAAGACUGCGAGAUGUGGUUCAAAGCUCUGGAAAAAGCUAGUGAGUGGACCUUGAGUUAAGAUUAUUUAGUUUGUUUUGUGGUUUUCAUGAAGCACAGCUCAUUAGCUCAUUUUUAAACUUUCACUUUAGACACUACAAGCACAGUGAACUGCAAAUUACUUCAGUAACCAGAGUUCAUAUGAUAUGACGUCAGUGAAUUACACAUACCGAAAACACUAACUAAUAUCUAGUUUAGCUUUUUUAUUUGGGGUUUUUUGUCUUAACAUUUCUGUUUGUUUACUGUGAAAAUGUUCUGCCAGUGACCAUUCCCAACACCAGUUUCAUUUGUGCAGAGAUGGGCGAAUUCAGGUGAUUCACACACUGCACAGUCCCGUCUGGUGAUUUAGGCUAAUGUGACUAGUGUAAUUUUUACCAAAAAUGAUUCACCAUUUCCUUUUAAUCAAGUUUAAAGUAAUAAUCUCUUGAAUUGGAAUGGCUAAUUGAUUGUCUACUGACACUUGAAACAGGCUAUAUUGUCAAUAAGUGAUAUCAAUUAUGCUACUAUUGGAUUUUAAUUAGUCAUAACUCAUCAUUCACAGCUUUGAGAAUGUAUUGUGCCAAAUGUAUUUGUUGCAUGUGUUAUGUUUCAAAUAAAAGCUAGACACUGUU